GGUCCCACUACCUCCUGACUCAUUCAACAUAACAUAGGCAAUAAUUUCUCUUAACAGCCUUGCAAGGAAUCAUUGGCAGGAGGGACGUCCAUUCAAGAAGACAACGUUUCCCCCUCCACCUCUCACCAAUCAAUUUUUUUGCUCUCCUUUGUAUAUAACCACCUAUUAUUCCCUUCAUCCCCACCUCACCAAAAUGGCUUCAAUGUGGACUUCUAUUUUAGUUUGCCUCUGUUUUCAACUAGCCAUUACAAAUGCACAAGCACCGGCGGCUUCACCUUCCACUUUGCCAACCACCACACCGUCAACUUCAACUACUGCACCACCACCUGUGACCGCCACAACUGCACCAACACAGGCACCUGUCACUGCAACUACACCCCCACCUGCAACAACUCCUACAUCUUCACCAGCUCCAAAAGUUGCACCCGAUACAAGCCCAUCAGUCCCACCCCCUCAAGUUCCACCACCACAGCCACCACAAACUGCUCCAAUCACGGCUCCAAUACAACCACCGACAUUGCCACCCACUCCUACUUCAUCACCACCACAGGUACCUCCUGCACCAGCCCAAGCACCGCCAGCACCAGCACCGCCACCAGCCAAGGAAGCACCAGUACCUGCACCUGCAAGUGCACCACAAACACCAGCACCAGUUACUUUGCCACCAGCUCCAGCAUCUGCACCAAUUACUUUGCCACCAGCUCCAGCGCCAGCUCCCAGCAAGCACAAGAAGAGAAGGCAGAGACACAAGCACAAGAAGCACCAUGCACCAGCUCCAGCACCAACUGUCCCAAGCCCCCCGCUGCCCCCUGCAGUACUAGAUACAGAAGACACACCAGCACCUUCACCAAGUCUUGAUUUGAAUGGAGGAGAUUCACUGCUUGCAAGAGCAAGGUCUAGCAUUUGGGCAAGCUCUGGAUUAGCUAUUGCCAUUUUGCUCACAGUGUCAGGCUACAAUUUCUAGAGAUCUUACAAGAGCCAUGGAACAAUUUUCAUAAUUCAAGAAGAUUAUUUCCUUUGUACAACAUAAGAUCAACUAAAAAUUCAUAUAGAUAGAUAGAUAUUAAUAAUAAAAAGGAUGCAGAAUC